AUGUCUACGAUAUCUUCUCCGCGCCCGUCCAUUGCGUCCUCGCGGGCAGUCUCCCCCGCCCCACCAUCUUCCCGUCCAUCUCUCGAUACGCUGAACACGAACGUCGGCGGGGGCCUCAGUGCCUCCUCCACCCCAUCCACCGCCCGCGCUAUCUCACCGAACCCCCGACGGAACCGCUCAGCUUUGAGAGAUUACUAUAACCUUAAACCGCCCGGUGCCGACUCACCCAGUACUGGUUCUACCUCUCGAUCUCGGAGUGUCCCCAGAAACACCGAUGCCGGCGAUAUUUCGAACCCCACGGCUUUGAGCUCAGGGACAGAGCUCGACAAUGCAGACUUCGAUCCGCAGCGCUACGUGGACCAUUUACUCUCGACCUCGUCACUAUCGACAAUUCUUAAAGCUGAAAAUACCCUCGUGGGAGAUAUCCGUACUCUGGAUGGAGAGCGCAAAGCGCUUGUCUACGAUAACUACUCAAAAUUGAUUCGUGCAGUCGAGACAAUUGGCAAGAUGCGGAAGAGUAUGGAUGAACGAGGUGCACCUUUAACUAUGACGAAGACUCUGGGACCGGCUAUUGCGUUCGUGGCAGAGACGGCGGGGGGCCUUAUAAAAGAGGGAGAGGAGCAGCGGAAGCGAAUCAAAGAGGCGCGAGAGAACGAGCCAGUACCGGAGAAGAUGGCUGAAAAGGAGACAGUGAAGUGGGUGCUUGCCGCUCCUGAGCGAUUGGGCGCUUUCCUGGAACAAGGCCGACGUGACGAUGCGGAGAAAGACUGGAAGGAGGUUCAGGAACUUCUUGAUGCCUGGGGUCAGGUCAAGGGCGUUGCUGAGAUCCGGGAGUCAUGCGAGAAGGUUAUGAGCCAGGGCCAAGAUGAUUGA